UGAGCUUUACAUCGAAGAAGACGAUAAACAAGCUGGACCUCGUUGCCAUGGUUCGAGUGGUGAGUAUUUCUUGGGAAAAAGGGGAAAAUCCAACAGUGAUUUUUUUAUUUUCAUCUUCUUCCAUGGCAACUAAAUUUGAGUUACAAGUCUUCAUUGUUGCCGCCGGCUCCUCUAAAGACCUCCAUCUUCGCUGUCAACAUCUCUUUCUGUUAUCGCGAGUUGCUCGUAUUCCGACGAAACUGCAACUCCGGUCUUCAGCCCAAUAACCUUGGCAAGUCCACAACCCAUACUUGAUUGCGCACUUUAUAGCCUGAAGAAUUGAGGGACGAAAGUGCAUUUGGAAUGGCGUUGUAGUCUGUGUCCAACAACAGUUUGUUCAUCAAAAUGCUCUUGUUUGUGUAUUAUGUUCAAUGGUAAUGGAAAAUGAAAUGUCAUCUUCAUCAAAGAACAGUUUAAAUGAUGGGAGUUUAACCAACAACGCCACCCCAUGAGAAAGUUCCCUUGUUGCCAAAAGCCUAUAACUACCAUAGCUGAAACCGCCAAAAUUCUACAAGAACAGCAGCAACUCAUCAAACUUAACUGCCAACUCGCAAGUCUUACGCACUCAAACCAAUACAACGAUGCACUUCAUCUGUUUAAUAAAAUUCGCUUACUUCUUCACCACCUCAAACCAGACCAUUACACGCUCUCCACAACCCUCACUGCCUGUGCCAAUCUAUGCAACACCACAUUUGGCAGCAAGCUUCAUGCCCACGCCAUUAAAUCCAGCCUCAAAAGCUACACUCACGUUUCAAAUACCCUCCUUUUGCUAUAUGCAAAUGUGCAAGACAUUGCCUCGGUGAAGUGGGUUUUUGGAGAAAUUGAAGACCCAGAUGUGUUUUCUUAUACAACGCUGUUAUCGGCAUGUACCAAGAUGGGACAUGUGGCCUAUGCCUUUGAGAUUUUUGUUGAAAUGCCACAGAAAGAUGUGGCUGUGUGGAAUGCAAUGAUUACAGGGUGUGUGGAGAGUGGGAACAAAGAGAUUGGAUUUGGUUUGUUCAGAGAUAUGUGUAGAUUGGGUGUUAGACAUGAUAAUUAUAGCUUUGCGAGUGUUCUAAGUGGGUGUAACUUGGUCACUGUGGAUUUUGGUUUGCAGGUUCAUUCAUUAGCGAUUAAAACUGGAUCUUUGGUUAGAAUUUCUGUUGUUAAUGCUUUGGUUACUAUGUAUUUUAACUGUGAAAAUGUUGAGGAUGCUUAUUUGGUGUUUGAUGAAGUAGAAGAUUCAAUACAUGAUCAGAUUACUUACAAUGUGAUGAUUAAUGGUUUGGUGAGCGUGGGGAGAGUUGAAGAAGCCUUGAUAAUGUUUAGAAAAAUGCUAGGGAACGGUCUUAGGCCUACUGAGUUUACUUUUGUAAGUUUGAUGAGCUCAUGCUUGUAUGCAGGAGUUGGGUAUCAAUUUCAUGCCCAAGCUAUCAAGUUUGGCUUUGAAGCUCAUACUUCCUUGAGCAAUGCAACUAUAAAUAUGUAUUCAAGUUGUGGGGACUUGAGUUCAGCCUGUAUGGUUUUCCAGAGACUGGAAGGGAAGGAUAUUGUCUCGUGGAAUACUAUGAUAUCCAGCUAUGCACAAGAAAAUUUUGGUACAUCAGCAAUUUUGACCUACCUAGAAAUGCAGAGAACUGGUAUUAGACCAGAUGAGUUUACUUUUGGAAGCUUGUUGGCUGGCUCAGAGCUUGUAGAAACUGUGGAGAUGAUUCAUUCCCUCUUAUUUAGAAACAGUCUCAUUUCAAAUAUACAAGUUUCAAAUGCUUUAAUUUCUGCAUAUUCCAAGCUUGGGAAUAUGAAGCAGGCUUAUCAAAUAUUUUGUGACCAGUUUUAUAGAAAUUUGAUCUCCUGGAAUACUAUUAUUUCCGGGUUCCUGUUAAAUGGGCUCCCAAUGCAAGGAUUAGAGCAAUUCUCUGAACUGCUGAUGUCAGAAUUCAGGCCAAAUGAGUAUACCCUCAGUAUUAUUUUAAGUAUUUGUGCAAGCAUAUUAGCUUUGAGACAAGGGAAACAGGUUCAUGGUUAUAUUAUGAGAUUAGGAUUCAGUUCAAAAAGUUCUUUGGGUAAUGCCCUUAUCACAAUGUAUGCCAAAUGUGGGCUUAUGCAUUGGUCUUUGAGGGUAUUCAAUGCAAUGACCAAAAGAGAUUUAGUUUCAUGGAAUGCCUUAAUAUCUGCUUAUGCACAACAUGGGAAAGGAAAUGAAGCUGUGCACUGGUUUGAGGCAAUGCAAGACUCCUGUGGGGUCCAACCAGAUGAGGCCACCUUUACAAUAAUUCUUUCUGCUUGCAGCCAUGCAGGUUUAGUUGAUGAUGGCAUUCGGAUUUUCAACUCCAUGGUUUGUAACUGUGGUGUUGUUCCUGGGGUUGGUCAUUUUUCUUGUAUUGUUGACCUUUUAGGUCGUGCUGGGCAUUUCGAUGAAGUGGAAAUGAUAAUGAACAAUGAACAUUUUGAACCUCAUCCCAACAUCUGGUGGACAUUGUUAAGUGCUUGUGCAGCUCAUGGUAAUUUAAAGCUCGGAAGAUUAGUCGCUGGGUUUCUUCUUGAAACAGAACAAGAUAAUCCAUCAGUUUAUGUACUUUUGUCAAAUAUGUAUGCAGCUGCUGGUCAAUGGGAAGAAGCAGCUAAUGUAAGAUACUUGAUGAAUAACACCAGGGCGAUGAAGCAAACUGGGUAUAGUUGGAUCAGCUCCUGAAAAGAAUAUGCACCUGGGUUGAAUUUUAGGCUGGAUGUGCAAGUGAGGGUUGAAAUUUACCGUAGUUAUGAGAAACAUUAUGAUCUUCCCUGAAAUGUAAAGUUGGGUUAUUAUGAGUGGCGUUUCACCAUGACCUACUCUGGGUUAUUUCGUUCAAUGAAAUGUGUGUUAGAAUCUUCA